UUCGCCGUCGCCCUCUCCGGGUCGAAAAAUCUAGCCAUCCGACAGGACGGCGGCGGCGGCGGCGGAGGGAGCACAGCCGCGCCGGCGCGCCGCACCGGGGUGGUUCGCGGGAACUCGGAAGGCGUAGUGGACGUGUAUGGCGGAGCACCGCACAGAGGAGUCGGCAGUGGAGGUGGGGGGUCCGGCGCCAAGCUUGCUUUCGCUGUGCCUGGACGCGGUCGCCGCCCGUCUCACCCGCGACCGCGCGGGCGCGGGCGCGGGCGCGGGUCGAACUGGAUGGCCAGGAGGGUGCGGCCGCGGUGGUCGUGGCGGAUUCGCAGAAGAUGGCGGCGGGGAGGCGGACGACGACCACCUGGGCCCGGAGCAGGUUGCGGAGGCGCUUCCCUGGGAGCUUGUAGACCUGCUGGCGUCCCGGCUCCCUCCCGCCGCGCUCGAGUCGCUCCAUCACGCUGCCCAUGCCCGGUGCUGCUCUUCUGCUGAUACUACUGCUGGACUUGGAGGGCAAGAUGGCCACAGACGUGGGAUAAAGCGUUCAAGGUGUGAAGAUUUCAACACAGCUUGGCAGUCGUUGUUCAAACUUCGCUGGCCCCUUGGUGUUAAGCCUGGGCAUGAUAGUGUGGUCACUGUGGAUUGGCAGCAACAGUACUGGGAAAAGCAUUUACAAGAGUGCCUGGAUGAAGCUACAGAAAGUGCCUUGCUUCCUUCUUUUCGUGGGGGUAUUGGUGAGUUGAGUAUAUCAGCUAAAAUCAUGAAUUCCAUCUACCAUUGCGAGGACAUUUCUCAACAGAAGUCAAGACUAACAUAUCAAUUUAGCAGAUUUGGUUGCUAUGCAAGGUGCUUGAGACUGCAAGGCGUUCUUUGCACUGCAGAAACUUAUGACUUGCUUCAGCAUUGCAAGCUGGAGAGAUUAAUGUUCAUAAGAAUUAUAGCAGAGCCUGAGGUUGAUGGUGUAUGUCUGCUUCUGAGCUGCCAUGUAGAGACACUGCUAUCUCUUGAAUUCAUCCACUGCCAGCUUUAUCCUGCUGUCAUGGAAAAAAUUUGCGUGGCUGUUUUGCAAAAGGGAUCUCAAAGCCAUGGGAUCAAACAAUUACGUAUUAUAUCAUCCCCUAUCUGUGAAACCAGGCCUCUGACCAUCUCUGCUGGUCUGUUAAAUUUUCUAUCAUCUGCCAAGUCAUUGCACCUGCUGUCACUCCAUGAUAGUAAAAUGCAGCCAUCAUUUGCUCAAAUGCUUAUUCACACCCUCCUCGAGUCAUCUUGUGGUUUACAAACUCUUGAGAUAUCAGACAAUAAUAUUCCAGGCUGGCUUUCAAAAAUGAACAGAAGUUCUACAAGCUCCUCAUUAGCACUAAAAUCAGAUAUUUCUUUGAACUCCCUGUCCAUUCUUAACCUGAGGAAUAAUAAUUUGCAAAAGGAUGAUGUUGCAGAUCUUCACAAAAUUCUGAUAAAACUGCCAAACUUAAGGGAUUUAGAUAUAAGUUGCAAUCCAAUCAUGGAUGAAGGUAUCAGAUCGUUGUUCCCUUUUAUUUCAUGGGCAAUUGAAAAGGAAAAUCCACUUUUGAGAUUAAAUGUGGAGAAUUGUGACUUGUCCAGUAUUGGUGUCAGUAAGCUUCUUGAGUGCCUCACAUCAGUUAAGCAACCACUUGAUAUGUUAUCUCUAGCAGACAAUCCUUUAGGGAGUUCUGUGGCACCUGCGUUGGCCAAAUUCUUGGGUUCGCAUGUAAGGGAUCUAAAUGUUGAAGAUAUUGACCUGAUGACAAUAGGUUUCCAAAAACUCGAGGAAGCAUUGCCAAUGGAAGUUGCUCUUUCCCAUAUCAACAUCAGUAAGAAUCGUGGUGGGAUCGGAGCAGCAUAUUUUGUUUCCAGAUUAAUAUUGCAAGCACCAAACCUUGUCUCAGUCAAUGCAGCAGCCAACAUUUUACCGCCUGAGUCAUUGGAGGUCAUUUGUAACGCCUUGAAGCAGAGGACAUGUAAUUUGGAUCGAGUGGAUCUGACUGGCAACUUUCGUUUGUCGGACACUAUUUUUCCUGGGUUCCUUGAAUUCAAGAAGCAUGGAAAGCCAAUCCUGGUAUUACCAUCGAACUUGGGCACUUAUGCUCCAUACGACGAUGACCCAUGAGCCGACUAGUGUAAUAUUGGUAACUGUGUAAUGCUGCUUUUUGUCUCUUCAGACUUAUGCUGUUAAUGAUAAGUUUGUUGUGUCAUCUGGGCAUCAAUGAUAUGUAGUUGUGAUUUGUUGUUUUCUUUCAAAGAAAUUGAUAGUAAAAGUUUGACAUUGUAGCAAUGUUGAUGUUUUGAACGUGAUGUAUUCUGGAACAGAAGGAAUAACUGAUUUGGGUAAGGCAGAUGAGGAAAAUGCAAUGGUGGUGUGGGAUGUAUGCUUCA